CAGUCGAGGAGUGCACCGUGUGAGUACAUUGCGGCGAACUGGUGUAUUAGCGGGCGACUGUGUCUGAUGCGGCAAUUCACUGUCAAGCUCGGAGCGAAGACCGGCAACUACUCGCACUUCUCCCCGAAAUUCCAGCCUUUGAGAUCGCCAAUCAAUCAUCGCUUCGUAUCACCCGUGGUGUUGCUAAAUAAGAUGUAGCGUUAUGUCGAAAUGGCAGAAAUAAUCAAUUUCAGAUUGAGCCAUCAUCGCCUGUGCAAAAAUGUCGUUCGUAAACCUUAACCCCGCUCAAAUCCAACAUUUUGAUACUGAAGGGUAUCUCGUGCUGCGUCAUAGCGAGCAUGGAUUGGUUUCGCCAUCGGAGUUGCAUCUCUGGACGGAUCAAGUGCGGAAUCUUCCACGCGAAUCGCAAAAAUGGAUGCCAUACGAUGAGAUCAGCGCAUCUGGUGAGCGUCAGAUUAUGCGCACCGAGAACUUUGUCGACUUUCACGCUGGCUUCGCGUCCUUGCUCCACGGAAAGUCUCUCAUGGGCAUCCUCGCUCAAUUGACCCGGGAUGAUAUGCGACUUUUCAAGGAGAAAAUCAACUACAAGCUCCCAGGUGGAAAUGGUUUCGCCGCUCAUUUAGACGCGCCGGCUUAUGAUCACAUCGGAAAGAUCGAGCACACGACAGCCAACAUCGCUGUCGACGCAGCAACAGUUGCCAAUGGCUGUGUUGAGGUCGUUGCUGGAAGUCAUCGGAAGGAUGUUGAACUCGUGGACGGCACGGGAGAGAUCAGCGCUGCGUGGGAAGCACAAGCAACAUGGAUUCCAGUCGAGCUAGAGGAGGGAGACCUUUUGAUCUUCGGUAGCCAUCUGGCACAUCGGUCCAAGAAGAACACCACCUCUCGUCCGCGGGCGAGCGUAUACGCGACUUACCAUAACUUGAGCGAUGGCAAGGAUUUGCGUGAGAAGUACUAUGAGGAUCGCAGAAUCAACUUCCCGCCUGACCACGAACGUGUUCCAGGUCACGAUUACAGUGCCGGUGUGAAGCGCUAUGCAUUUGCUGCACCAUUCACCUCGACCGAUCAAGUGGCGGCUGUACAGUAGAUGUGUUAGUGACAUCGAACUUGCAGGUGGAUCCGGAAGGGAGUUGAUGCCAGCAAGGGGGGAUUGCUUGAAUAUGAAUGCAGGUGCGGGCGGUUGUUAAUGGCCAAGCACGUGAUACUAGGGUUGAAGUAGGGUUGGGGUUAUCUCUGUCUAUGAACACGAUUGCCAAACCGUGAUAGGAUAGUAUGAGGACGUAUGUCCAACCGAUCACAUUAUAUAAGACAGAGAAGAUCUGAGGUAUCCGCGUAACAUACAUUGGAC